CUUGAAUCCAUAAUGGAUGAAUUCCAAUUGUCCAAUGAAACUCUGCGGCGGUUGAUGACCCACCUGAAAAACCAUAUGGACAAAGGCCUAAAAGGCGGACUGAAGAUGUCCACUCUUGCAAUGCUGCCUUCAUUUGUACCGGAACUGCCAGAUGGUACUGAGCGUGGUAAAUUCGUUGCUUUGGACCUGGGCGGUACGAAUUUGCGGGUAAUGACAAUGGAAAUAGAACCUGGAGAACAGAUGCGAACGGACCAGUAUAACACCAGCGUACCGAGUGCGGUCAUGCAAGGCACUAGUGAACAGGUAUCUGAAAUUUCAACUUUUAUUCAAAGUUCAUUAUUGUUCGACUACAUCGCAAAAGUGCUCGGAGAUUUCUUGGUAGAGAAAGGGCUGGCUGAGGAAAAUCUACCGCUCGGCUUCACUUUCUCUUAUCCAUGUCAUCAAACGAGUAUAAGGGCUGCUACCUUGUUGCGGUGGACGAAGAGCUUUACGACUACGGGAGUAAUCGGCGAAGAUGUGGUAAAAUUACUGGAAGACGCUAUUAGAAGAGAUGGGGUGAGUCAUCUGGUGAAUUGUUAUGUUUACGCAAGCGUUUAG